CUUUAGUCUCCCCCGCGUUCGGGCAUGUCUGUUUGACAUGGACGGGUUGUUGAUCGACUCGGAAGACAGAUAUACUGCAAUCACAAACAAAGUUCUUGCAGAGUAUGGCAAGCCAAAUCUCCCGUGGUCCAUUAAGGCUCAACUUCAGGGCCGGCCCCAGCCAGAAGCUGUCAAAAUCUUCAGCCACUGGGCUCAGCUACCAAUCUCCCAGGACGAAUAUGCCGCCAAGGUAGCUGCUCUGCAAGCCGUAUACUUCCCCGAGUCCCAGCCUCUACCAGGGGUAAAGACUCUCCUGUCGAAGCUUGUCUCAACACAGGCUACCGACCAGCCAGUCUAUAUCGCACUAGCUACAUCCUCGCAUAAGAGGAAUUACCACUUGAAGACCGAUCAUCUGCAGGAUCUCUUUUCUGUUUUCCCCGAACCUCAGCGUGUCCUGGGCGAUGACCCACGCAUUGGGAAAGGUCGUGGAAAGCCACUCCCAGAUAUCUAUCUGCUAGCACUAGAGACUAUCAAUGCGACCCUGCGGGAGCGCGGAGAGAAGGAGAUCGCCCCCGAGGAGUGCCUGGUGUUUGAAGAUGCCGUUCCAGGUGUAGAAGCCGGGAGGAGAGCCGGCAUGAGAGUUGUCUGGGUUCCUCACCUCGGUCUGCUAGAGGCAUAUAAAGGCCGAGAGGCGGAAGUUUUGGCCGGCCUGACUGGACAGCAUAAAGAGGAGGAGAAGUCAGAGCCGGAGAAGGAGGCUGAUGAACUCACAGCUGCGAGAAUGCAAAGUUCUGGGUCGCCUGGCAAGCUUAAUGAUGGAUUGGCCAAUUUGCUGCUUACCCUGGAAGACUUCCCUUACGAACAAUACGGCAUUCGCCCGGCAUAGACUUCAGUGUAAAGAUCUAUCUCCCCAUAAUAGAGCUGUAUUUAGAUUUCCUCGCUACACUAAUUGUCUAAUUCGCUCAACUACUAUCCAUACGGAGUAC